AUGGCUGCUCUUCUUAUCGCCCUUGUCGUCCUUCUUAUCAUCGCUCUUCUCUGCAUCAUCGCCCUCUACUUCAUGCGCUGGAGAAAGCGCUCAUUACGCGCCGACUCUCUUCCCUUCGAUGAGGAGAAGUCAUCUUCCGCGCGUUCAUCACGCCACCACCGUGUCACCGUUCGCCCGCAUGAGUCCAUUAUCGUCUACCAGGAGAAGCAAAGCCUUAUCAACAACUCGGAAGCACCCCCAUCGGCCAACCCUGUGCCUGAGAUCCGUCUUCACUUCCCCGAGGAGGUCGACACCUCAGGCAAGCGUCAGUCAGGCAGAGUUGUGGUUAUCCGUGUUGGCGAUCACAGCAUUGGCCUCGAACCCGUUUCAGAAAACCUCCCUCCUUACCAGAAGAGCGAGUCGGAUCGUUUCCAAUCGCUCGACCUCGAGAGGAUAGGCGGCCUCAAGGAGAAGGAUGUCGAGGCCCGCUACCAAUAG